AUGGGGUUCACUGGGGAGUUGGUAAGAACUGUCUUCUCCAAAAAUCGUUCCGAUGGGUCGCAUGAAACCAAAGUGAGACGCAAUAGUGCUGAAAAUAGGAGAUGGUUAUCUGUUAGAUCAUACUUGUGUGGCGAUGAAUUCAAUUCAGUCCUUGCCGAGAAUGAUUCAGCUUCAGUUAAGAGCACUGAAGUCACGGUUUCACAGUCCAUAUUGGAAGACAUGAAUGAUGAAGAAGGAACCGAUAGUGAAGAAACUGUGGAGAAUGUAACACAGGAAAGGCCACAUUCGGACUCCAAAUCGUUGAGUGAGGAAGAAGCAGCAAUUCUUAUUCAAUCAGCAUAUAGAGGCUUCCUGUUGAGGCGUCAAAAUGAAGAAAUCAGAGCAGAAACAGGAAAAGAUGAGUUCCAUUUAGUGACAGAAAGUCCUGACAGAAAGUCCAUGGGCACAUCAGUUGAAGUCCAAACUGCGAACUCCGCUGAAGUUUUCUCGGCAGAAGGAGGAAAAAAGGGUAUUUGCCACCGUAUUCAACGCAGGACCAGAACUCAAGUAACAAAGCAAAAGGAAGACUGGGAUGACAGCACCGUAAGUAGUUAUGUUUCAAAAAUGAGGAUGCAGAGUAGAAUGGAGGCAUCAACCAGAAGAGAAAGAGCACUGGCUUAUGCUUUCUCACAACAGCUAAGAAUCUGUUCAAAGAGAAAAUUAACAAAACACAGUAGCAUGGAGUCAAAUAUGAGUUGGAGCUGGCUUGAGAGAUGGAUGGCAACACGCCUUCCAGAGACCUCAUCAGUUGAAAGCCAUGCCUUGAAGCAGUAUGACCCUUCUAACAGUAAGCACAAAUGCACAAUCAUGACAAGAUUUUUAGAUGCUACUGGGGAAGAACUGGAGAGCUGCGGAUCAAAUGAAGUGCCCCUUCAUUUUGAUCACUAUUCAAUCAAUUCAGAAGAAGAAAAAGUUAGCUUCAAACCACACGCAGCAAAGACCAACUUCAAGGUUAGGAGAACUGUUUCAAGGCGAAAAACAGUGCCAAGUAAUCAAUUCCAUGAAGAGCAGCAGCCAAAGGUAAGCAAGAGAGAUGGUUGGAGCAAUGGUAGCAAGGAUAUUAAGCAAAAACAAAAGCAAAUGGGAAGCAAGGCAGAAAUUACCAAAGCUUCUAAUGUAUAA